AUGCUACCCUUCAUGGACUAUGUGAUCCGUGAAUUCGGCGCUGCAACAGACUGGAACUACGACAAUAGCUAUUCCUUCCUCACCGCAACCAGCGACGCCAUACUUUCCUUUCAAACACCGAACUCAGCGACACUGCAUGUCUCGUCUCUAGCGUCAAGCAACUUUGCCAACUCUUACACUCUUGGAGCGCUAGGUCAGCUCGAUGGAUCGAUUUCCUACCUCUAUUCGAAUGUUUCGCUGGCGGAUGUCCCGUCGCAAUCGCCGAGUAUUCCUCUGAGGAGGUUAGUGGAGGGCUACAGAGACGUGUGUCUACCAGUAAAGUUGGAAGAGCUGUCGAGAGCCGUUCCGGCGUUGAAAGAGGGAAGGAAACCAACGUUGCUGCAUGCCACUCUCGCGCUACCUCCUCCUUCAGCUCUCACUGCCUUUACAAGUAUAGCGAUUCCUGCUGCUACUGGAGCCCCUCCUGCUUCGGUGCUGGCGCAUGUGCAGCAUGAUGGAGGGAGAUACUCGAUCGAAGGCUUAGCAUCAACCGACAAUGCUCUGCUGGGCGUAAGGGGAUUAUGGAACUUUGGCAUGGGUAAGCCGGUUAAGGAACCUGACAGUAUGUCAACGCUGGCCGAGCUAGGUGGUUCUCCUGAUAUACCGAUACCACCACAGCUAGUAGACGGUCUUUCGCCGUACUACAGACGCCUAAAAUCAAAGCCUUCCCUGUUGUCUGCCGGUGCAGAGUUCUACUAUACACCGUACUCGCACGUCAUUGGACUGUCAACAGGCCUGCGUUUCGCGACCCUAGCCUCUCACAUAACGCCCACCGACAACAAGAAGCGUAGCUCGAAACCUUUCGCCGGUACCUCAGCCGCUCUGACGUCCGCACUACUUGCGCCAGCGAAUGUCUCGCAAUCUUCAUUCCCUUACACCAUGACAUUGACACUCAAUCCGAUCAUUGGUGCACUAGCCUCGACUUACAGCGUCAAGCCGACCUCGAACUUGGCUCUAUCGUCCCGUUUCGAUUUCAACGUCUACAGCUGGGAGUCACAAUACACACUCGGCGCUGAGAUCUGGCGAGGUCGCAAGCCACACACGAGCAAAAUCAGAGUGUUGGAGGAUGGUACUGUCGUCAACGAAGACAACCUAGCAUGGAUUAGGAAUAGGACAAAAGACUGGUUUACACCUGAAGAGAGAGCAUUGAAGGACGAGAGGCUUGAAAGAGAGCACGAGAACGUGGUCAAAGUCAGAGUCGAUGACGGCUGGAACAUUAGCGCUUUGUGGACUGGCAGAAUCAAGUCUUUGCUUGUGAGUGCGGGCGUUACUGUGAGUCCUGUCGAUGGUGGUGGCGGUGGCAUUUUGAAGAGAAAUCCUAGUGCCAUGCUUGAUGAAGAUGGGAGGCGGAAACGUUGGACAGGCAAAGUAGGCGUCAGCAUUGCUUAUUCGACCUGA